AUGGACGUCGACCGGGCCAAAACGGUGACCCCGUCACCCGCGUGGCGGGAGGCCUUCGACAGGCUCUUCGAGCAGGCAGAGCCCAACCGGGUGCGCCUGGACGUGAUCUUGUACAACUCCACCAUCAGCGCUGCCGGUGCCGGCGGUGGUUGGCGAAGAGCCUUCAGCUUGCUGAAGCAGCUGGACUCGAAGCUUCUGUCUCCAACAGUUGUUACUUUUGGCGCUGCCAUCAGUGCCUGUGAGAAAUCCUCCCGAUGGCCUUCAGCGCUGCAGACCUUCGAGGAAGUGGAGUCCUGGCGUGACACUCCAGUGAAGCGGAAUGUGAUUUUGUGCAAUGCCACCAUGAGUUCCGCGGGCAAAGGCCUCCAGUGGCUGGAAGCCUUGCAAAUCUUCUCGCGUGCGCGGUGCAAUCAGCAGCUUGGCCUGAGCACCACCAGCAGCAACGCAGUCUUGAGUGCCUGUGAAAAGCAUGUCCAGUGGCCGGUGGCCAUGGCUCUACAGGCGGAGAUGCCACAGUUGCGACUGCAGAGCGACGUCAUCACGGCCAACGUCAUGAUCAGCGGUCUGGGGAAAGGUGGACAGUGGCGAUUUGCCGUCCUCGUUUUCGCAGGGUGUCACCGCAAGCAGCUGGAGCCGACAAGUGUGACGUGCAGUGCCGCAGUUAGUGCAUCAGAGGAAGCCAAAGACUGGCAGCGAGCCAUUUGGCUUUUGGAGUGCAAGACGGCGGAUCGCAUGAGCUUCAAUGGGGCCAUCAGCGCCUGUGGGCUGCAAUCGAAAUGGCAAGAAGCCUUGCUUUCCUUUCGGCUUUUAGAGGCUUUCAGCCUUGAAGCUUCGACGGUGAGCUACAACUCUGCCAUCAGUGCCUGUGAAAAAGCGGAAUUGUGGCAGGAGGCUUUGCAUCUCUUUGCUCAAGCGCGAACUCGGCGCUUGCAUCCAGAUGUAGUGACCUACAAUGCUGUCAUUAGUUCUUGCGACAAGCGCUUGCAAUGGCAACUAGCCUUGAGCCUUUUGAAGGAGCUCCAAAUGCAGCGUUUGGCACCGACUGCGAUCACCUACAGUGCAACCAUCAGUGCCUGUGAGAAGUCCUCACAGUGGCAGCGGGCGUUGAGGCUCUUUGAGUCGGCCUCCAGACUGUUGCAGCCGGAUGUGGUGGCGUACACCGCAAUCAUCCGGGCAUGCAAGAAGCUUGCCCAGUGGCAAGAUGGCUUGGGCCUUUUCUUCCAGCUUCAUCGCCAGACCCUGGACGACACGGAGCUGACGGAGGUCUCGCGCCUCAUCGCGUCCAUGACACCAUGGCGCCACGCGCUCGCGCUCGCGCUGGAGCGGCCACGCGGCGCGCGCGGCAGCGCGGCCACCUACGGCUUCGCGGUGGCUCGAGCGCUGGAGGGCGCCGCCGGGGCAUGCGCCGUGGGCCUCUUGUUGAUGCUCAGCCUGGCCCAAUCACAAGACGCCGAUUUGAAUGUGUCUUUGGUGGGCAUCCAAGACCAAAGUGUCUUCUGCACGGUGACCAUCGCCAGCGAGGCUCUUCCCGGCACCUUAUGGCUUUACCUCAGCGUCUUGGGUGCGGAGCCGACCGACAGCGAGUUGAAGACAGGUCUCGGUGCCCUGGGCCUCUCCAGUUGCACCGACUUGGGAACUCCGAUCACGGCCACAGUCGUGAACUUGGGCCUGGCUGCCUGUGGGCUGACGCUGGGAGAAAGCUACACCUUACAGCUUCUCUUCGAAGGCAAUGGCACCAGGUUGCUCCGCAGCAACUUCACUGUACCUCCAGAGCCAAGCCCCUUGCCCCCUGGGCCAUAUUGUUUCGACAUCGAUUACGACUACGCUGGCGCGACAGUGCAAAGCAACAGCACAGCUGCGAGCGCCAUUGAAUGCCAAAGCCUUUGCUUUGUGAGUUCUUCUUGUCUUCACUUCCGUUUCACCUACACAGCUGAUCCCAGUGUUGAGCGAUGCGAGCUGUUGUCAACAGGUCCCUUGAGUGGCUCGGCCUCCCCGAACGUGGGCACCGUGACGGGGCCCAAGAACUGCGAGAGCCGCGAUGUGCUGUACUUCCACGGCCGUGGGAAUCUCUUCCGAACCGAACCCACGCCCAUCGUUCGAGGGAUCCCUGUGACCAUCUUUGUACAGGGCGAGAACUUUGACCCGGACUACGACCGCAUCGUGGCAGUGGAUGCCACUUACGUGUGUGGGGGUGCAUUUCUGCCUGGGGCACCAGGUGCCUAUGACGUCAAAGGUCUCAGGCCCAACACCUGGCAGCAGUGGCGCGAGCUGCCCUGCAAUGACACGGGGUCCGCGCCGGAGUUGAUGAUCUGUGGUAGCAGUGCCGUGCUUUUUGAUACACUGGGGCCAGUGAGGCUUUGCGCGUGCGAUGCCGGUGCCUUGCCGUUCGGCUGUGCCUCCGGAGACGGCAGCUUCUCCGACUUCUCGGUGUCCGUGACCGUGGACGUGUUGGAUGUGACCGGUCCCUUCAACAACAACACCGCAGAUUGCCCUGCUGGUCGUGAGUGCACCGUCACAGGCUUGCAGGGCUACAAGAUGAGCGCGGGUGACAAGCUGAUGUUGCGAGACAACUGCAGCGAGGCUCCCAGCGUGGCCUACACCGGGGCCUCGCGACCAAGUCCAGACCCUGCUCAGGGGCAAGGAGCCACCUACCUCUUUGAAGAGCUGAACACAGCUUCGUGCCAGCCCAACCACACCCAGGGCCCCUGCAUGGUGGCCCGGCUUUGCUACUGCGCGGCGGCGCCGGGUUCCACCCACAACUGCCUUGUGGAGACCGACUUUCAGACCGACGCGGGUGAGGUGCGGUUCUUUGGAGCUCCGGGGAUUGUGGAGGGCCUGGUGCUGCUGCAAGAAGACUUUGAGAGCUUCACCUUGAGGUGGAACUAUCCUGAUGAUGAUGGUGGUGGAGUGGUGACGGAAUACCACCUCUUUUUCCGCACAUGUCCCGGAGGAAACUACACGGAUGGAGUCGAGAGUGAGUAUUUCAUUCCAGUGGAGCCAGGCGAAAACCGCUGGGGCGUCGCGCUCAAUGCCACCUACCACUUUCGAGAGCCUUUGGUGCAAGCCGUUCCGACACCCAUCGAAGCGGCCACGCGCUACUGCAUGGUGGUCUUGGCCACGAAUGCCGCGGCCACCGGUCGGAGAGACAUCGCUCAGGAGUUUGUUUGGGUCACGGACGUCUUCCCACCGAAGGACUUGUCAUAUCCCAACGCCUCGCUGUAUGUGGUGAAGGAUGUACCAAUGGCACCGAUGAUCCCCGUGGUUACCACGCGAGACUGCCGGAGCCUACCUUCCGUGGCCAACACCGUACCGCAACUCGUGGCACGGGAUUGUGCAGUCCAGAACUAUGACAUCCAGCCAGAUCUUCCGGCGGGUCUGACCUUGGACCCCAUCUCCGGGGUGAUCAGUGGGACAGCGACGGAGCUGCAAGCGCGGCCGGAGAUCUACUUGGUGACCGCGACCAACGAAGGAGGCAAGACAAGCGCUUACAUCACUCUAGCUGUGAUUGGCCAGAUCAGGGACUCGACGCUCUCCAGUUGCGUCACGGCGCCCAUGACCGGUGACCUGGUGCUGACCUUCAGGCUUCCCAGCAUCUCAGAGGUGCCUCGUUUGGAGGCAAGCCGGAAUUUUCCACAGAUGCUGCGGCUGGUGCUGCUGCGGCCGCUACUCCUCACACUGCUACGUAGUUCAGGCGAUCCCUUGGGCGACGUGUCCCGCCGCGCGGCCAUGGGCUGUGGGACCUUGGUCUUGGACGUGGACUCCACGGCGCCGGGAGGCUUUCCACCUCCAACACUCUGUCACUGGCAAGACUCCAAGGACUUGAACCUGGGUGAUGCUGGUGCCAUUGGGGCACGUCUUCACCUCUUGUUCCAAGGGGAAGCGACGUUCCAGAACGACUUCAGCUACCAGAUGGUGCUGAAGGCGGGUUUCACGCCCUCUUCGGCGAACCAAGAGUUGCUGGAGCUCACCCUCUUUGCCAGUGAAGCCUCUCAAGACGAGCGCGGCCUCUCGGCGGAUGCCUUUGGCGCCUGGACGAACCUGGCUGCGUUGCCGAAGAGCAGCCCAGCACUGCAGCUGAGGCAAGCAGUGUUGCUGCCCCAGGAAGACACGCCAUGGUACACUGGCAGGCCCAUUUACUCGCCAGGCUUCAGCAAUCCCCUGGUCGGAGAGGUGCCGAGCGGCUAUCCAUAUCCUGAAGGCUUUCCAGCUCCUGGGGUCCGGACCUGCGUGAACUUCAGCAGCUACUGUGCCACGUCUCCACACCAGUAUGUGAACACCGCCGAGGGGACGGCCUGGUACCAGGACACGGAUGCCGAGUUGGGAUUGUUUCCCUUCUUCGCGCUUUUGACGGGCACGGCGGUCCUCUUGCAGGAGAUUCAGGCUCAGAUGCUCUUCAACCCCUUUGGGAGCUAUGCAUUGAGUGCUGUGAACUCGUUCUCCUUGACUGAGCGCUUCCUCACGAACCUCAUGAGCUUCCAGAUGGAGUUCGCCCUUUCACCUGACAUCAGUGGGGCAUUGACCUUGGAACAGUUCAUCACGGCAUGCCCAUCAUCUCCACUGCGGACACCUCUCAUGAGAUUAGGCCCGGUGUGCAGUGUGCUGGCAGGUCCAUCCUUUGUGACUUGCACAUGUGAGUCCUCCUUGCAAAACCAUCCGCUGCAGCGGUGCGACCGCCUGCGGAUCCGUGUGAACGCUGGAGGUGAUAUUCGGGCCUCCAUCACGGCUUCCGUGCGGCUCUUUGCCACAGAGGACUGGUGGCCAGGCUACCAACCGACCCAGUGGUAUAUCCAGCUGAAGUCCGAGUUUGGCGGUCUCAAUUCCUACCGCAAGGUGGCCAAUGCUGGCUUCACGGUGUGGCAAGACUUCCUGAUGGUGCAAACGACUCCAGAGCUUUGCGCCGCAGAGUGUCUGAGUCGUUUGAACAAUCCCGCACCUUGCAACUCCUUCAAGUAUCACAAAGUGGAUCAGGACUGCUACCUCUCCAGCUACGUCGAAUCCGCCGCCUCGCCGCUGCGGACCGAUUGGCCUGGAGAUGUCUUCGACUACUACGAGUACCAGGAGCAAGUCGCCUAUGCCUUGCAGACCCAGCAGGUCUUGGUCUUCUCUGGGGUCUUCUUCUCCAACAUCACUAUGCUGGCAGAGACUUACUUGCAGCCGCCGCCUCCGAGUGCCCCGGCCUUCGGCGCUGUCGAGCUCUUCUUCCCAAGCUAUGUCAAUCAGCCGUGGCUGCGCUGUCGGAUCGACUUAAGCUUGGUGGUGCCUAUCCAUGGACAAAGCACCCCAACGAGCUUGGAUUUUCUGGUCCCCAGCGGCUUCCUGGGGAUGGCGCUCGAAACGCGACAUGUCGCGGUGCCCACGCCCUUGGGCCGUGGCUACUGUGGGGUGGGGCGCUGCCGGUGGCUGCUGACAGAUGGCCAGGCCCUGUGGCCCAAAGUGAACUACGGCUUUCAGGUGACUUUUCGGAACCCUCCUGACCCGCGCCUCGUUGGAGAGUCGUGGAUUCUGCAGGUGGUCAGCUCUGGCUUCGUGGACGGCCCGAGCUACAGCUCGGCUCCAGUCUCUGUGCCUCAUCCGCUGGCCGUGGACGGGCAACUCUUAGGCUGCGCUGUGCACCUCAACGACCCCAAGUACCAGCCCAGCUUAGGCAACACAAACUCCUCCCUGGAUCUCUUCUUCGUCCUUGCAAACGCCUGGAGUGCUGGCGCUGUGCUGGUCGUGCAGCUACCGGAGGCCUUCAGUUUGACGUCGGACUGUGAAGUGUGGCCUUUGACGCCGUGGUUGCGCUGGGACGAGGUGGCUUGUACUUCCAGCAAUGCCAGUCUGGCCGUGAACUUCACCGCGCCCCUGCCGUCGGGCGCGGCGCUGGCGCUGCGGAUCGCUCCGCUUUUCCUCACGGAUUUCGCGCCAAAGGAGUCCCUCAACCUCCGCUUGGAAUCACGCCCCGUCGCGGUCCAGCAGCAGUUUGGCGGCGCCUUGUUGGAUGCCCGCGAUGCCUGCCACCCGAAGGUAUGGUCUUGCGGCCUCUACCCGGUCUGGGCCGCUGAGCUGGUGUGGCGGCCCUCGCUGUAUCGGCUGGACUUCUUUGAGGCGCGGCUGUCGAACUUGGAGCGGCGGCGCAGCACGUGGGUGCACCUGCGCUUCGCAGUGAAUACGACCUUGGCAUUUCAAGGAAACCCCGAGGAUAUCCUGAAAAUCAGCCCACCCUAUGGUUUCUCGAUCCUGGAUGUUCAUUCGUCCUCGCUGCAGGCACUGCGAAGAAGGGAGCAGAGCGGCCAAUUGAAUCUACCAGAGGUCGUGGACCUCCCGACGGCCAUUGAGACGUCCAAAGGGACUUUUCUCCUGAAGCUGGACUCGCGGUCCAACUUGCAGGGCUUGCGCGUGAGCAACUUGUACGGUGUUGUGCAAGCACAGCAGCAGCACUUUGUGAAUCUGUCGGUGUCCUUCCCAGAGAGCGGGGUUGAGCCAUCUUUGGUGGAUGUGCUUUCGAGAGAGCCCAACCGUAGUGCUUGCGCCAACGUCUGGGGCCUGGGUUUCGAGGCUGAAGACCAAGCGCUGGUCUCUGGCUUUGCUCAAGGGGAGAUUCUGGCAGCUCUAGAGCAGUUAGUGGUGGAGUGCAACACUAGAGCUGUGGAUGCCAGCAAUGCCUUGUCCAUUCGCUUUCGGGCCACUGGCCGUGUCCUAUCUCUACCAGCCGGUGAGUCUUUGGUAAUUGCGCUUCGCUUUUCUCAAGACUUUGAGAUGACAGAGCCCAGCCCCGUGGCUGAGUACGCAGCGCCUGACAUGCGCUCUACCGAGACGGGCGUGGAGCUGGAGGGCCGGACCUUCCGGAAGUUGGGCUGUCCGAGCUCCUUGGCGCUCUACUCCUUGGGCCGCCGGCUCCGUCAGGAGCUGCCGGGGUGUGUGGUCUUCUUCAAUGACUUCCAGAGCAUCACGGAAGUCUUCUUCAAUGCAUCUGGAGUUGUGCCAGACACCUCCAACGAGGUGCUCCUCCGUGUCCGCAACCCACCCUGGACGGGGUCUGCUCCCAACAUCACGCUGGUGGCCUAUCGCACGGACCGAAGACCCUUUCGUCUGGUGCCCGUGCCCUUGUCAUUGGCGGAGUCCACCCGGGCCCUGGUGCCACUCCAAGUUCCCUUGACCACCCGCUGCGACCCGCUGCUCCGAGCCAUGGAGGCCGAGGUCUUCGCGGGAAGCUGCUUGCUCCCGGGCUUCGCCUCGGAGGUCACGCUGGGCUUUCUGGCCCCCGAGGUCUUUCAGGCCCCGGUGGCUGCCACGCUUCGAGCGCCCGAAGGCUUCCGCAUUGCUUGGGACUGCAACUUCGAGGCCUCGCAGCUCGUGGGCCCUGGAGGGAGGACCUUGGAGUUUCUCCUGGCGGGCUUCUUCAGCGACUGCGUGGUGAUGCCGGACGGGCGAUCCAUCAGCUUCACCAUCACCCGAGACAUCAAGGCCGUGACAUCCUGGACCUUCUUUACGAUCCAUGCGGUGAACCCUCCAGUGGAGGAACUCCCAGCGAGUACGGAUCAGUCGAGCUGGGCUUUGGAGGUGGGAGCUCAUGCCGCCUAUGGCGCCAUGCAGCUUCCCCUCCGCACCUUCCAGGCGGUCUACGCCCGGGGACGGGGCGGUAGACCGCCCGGUCUUCGGGGCGACCGGACGGGACGGGACGGAUGGGAGCGUCUCGUGCACGAGCAGAAAACGGAGCGGUCUUCGGCCUUUCGUCUAAGGAACUGCAAGUUGGAAGUUGGAAGCCGUGUGCAAGGGAGUUACAGUGACUUUACAAACCUCCUGUUCAUGUUUUAG